UUAGACAGCAUUAAUUAUAUUUACCACUCUGUCUAAAAUUCACGAUUAGAGAGAAAUAAAACUAUACGUAAUGAAUUCGUGUAUCAUGAAGUUGGAUCGACAACUUCCUAUGUCAUAAGAUUCAAAUUUCGAAUCAUCUUGGACUUGUCACAGGAUGAACUUGUAAAAUUUUAGAUUUAAAUACAUAAGUUUUGUUUAAAGUGUGUGAUUAUUGUAUUAAAUAUAUAUAGAGUAAGUUAGUGGAGGUAGGAUCUACGGAUACUUCUAUUUUAACAGCAAUACUGAAUGUAUAAACAUUUUAUUUAAGUAAGCAAAUAUGAACGCACAUAAUGGUCGGAGACGAAAUUCACGCGCACGAAACACACAAGGUGAUAUUCAAGAUCCCUAUAUUUCCUCCACGGUCCGUAUCUCUCACCAAACCAUCACUAAACCAAGAAUAAGAAACAUCAGAACUGAUUGUAUUGGAUUGUUUCACCCUCACACAAAUUCAUCAACUAGUAUGACCACUAGUGCUGAAGACUUGUCUACAUCUAAGGCUCUGAUAUUAGUUGGAAUAAUAUUUGUAUCAUCCCUGCUAGCUUUGGGGCUGCUAUACAAACAGUUUCCAGAUUUAGAAGAGCAUGAAAAACAACAUUUGCAUUUACCGUGGGACCUUGAAGAUGCGAAAUAUUUAGGUUUAGUCCUAGACCGUUAUAAGGAAAAGUAUUUUUACGAAGUAUUAUUUGGAGUGUUCUUAGUCUACAUAUUUUUGCAAACAUUUGCAAUACCUGGGUCUAUUUUUUUAAGUAUCCUUUCAGGUUUCUUAUUCCCAUUCUACCUAGCAUUACUCUUAGUAUGCUGCUGUUCUGCAAUAGGUGCAAGUUUAUGUUUCUUCUUGUCUAACCUUCUUGGUAAGAAGUUAGUGAAGAAAUUCUUCCCAGAAAGAGCUAAGCAAUGGGCUAAAGCAGUGACUAAGCACAAAAAUAAUCUGCUCAACUACAUGAUAUUUUUGAGGGUGACACCCUUUUUACCAAACUGGUUCAUCAAUAUGUCUGCACCUGUGAUAGGUGUGCCUUUAGUACCAUUUGCUUUGGGAACAUUCAUAGGAGUAGCUCCACCAUCAUUUGUGGCUAUCAAAGCUGGACAAACUCUACAUACAUUGACAUCAACAAGCGACGCAUGGUCAUGGACCUCGGUGACAGCACUAAGUGUAUUCGCACUCAUCUCUCUAGUACCAGUAUUCCUCAAAGACAAGUUGAGAGAAAAGUUUGAAUGAAAGCAUUUAGUUAAUUUUUAGUUAAUUUUAUUUAUUUUAUGAUUUAAUAAAUUGGUGUUUUGUACAUUCCA